AUGGAGAAGUUGCUGAGAGCACUGAAGUACCGCUUCCCUCAGCACUUCACCAGGAACGGCCGCAGCAGGACCAUCUCCAAGGGGUUCCCUGUCCCCGCGCGUGGAUCCUUCCUCCGGCACCCAACAGCCCCACCAUCCACCCACAUCCACAGUGCAGGUAAGCUUUCCAAAAGUCAGCUUUUCUCACAUGGUCGUCCUCUCCUGCCGCUCCUGGCAUCACUGUGCUGCUGGGCUGGGAGCAAAGCUCCAACCAAGCUCCUCCUGUCCGGCAAACUCAGCGAGUAUGGUGUGAUCGUCCCCUUCAGCGCCGAUUGCCGAGGCCGCUUCCUCUCGCACGUGGUGUCCGGCGACGCGGUGGCGGGGAUCGGCGAAGCCGCCUGUCCCCCGGCCCCGCGCCCGUCCCGCCGCCGCGUCCCCCGCAGCCCUCUGGAUGAGUCCCCCCAGCGCCGCGGGGCCGGGGGCCGCUUGCUCUACUUCAACGUCACGGUUUUCGGGAAGGAGCUGCACCUCCGGCUGAGGCCCAACCAGCGGCUGGUGCCACCGGGCGCUGUGGCCGAAUGGCAGGAGGAUUUUGAGGUGCUUUUCCGAGAACCCCUCCAGCAGCGGUGCCUUUUCAUCGGUGACAUCUCCGGCAUGCCUGGCGCCGCUGUGGCCAUCAGCAACUGUGACGGACUGGCUGGCCUGAUUCGGACAGACAGCAACGAGUUCUUCAUCGAGCCCCUGGAGAGGGGGCAGCAGGAGACAGAGGAGCAUGGGAGGGCCCAUGUCGUGUACCGCCGGUCGGCCAUCCGGCAGGACAGUGCCGAGCCCCGCCAGGACCUCCACCCCGAAGUGCCCGGCGUGCGGGUGGGCGAUCUCCCCAACUCCCUGGAGCUGAUGACGGAGCGGCUGGGGGAUGCGGAGCGCAAGAGGCGCCAUGCCAGGAAGGAUGACUACAACAUCGAGGUCUUGCUGGCGGUGGACGACUCGGUUGUACGCUUCCAUGGGAAGGAGCACGUCCAGAACUAUGUCCUCACCCUCAUGAACAUAGUGGAUGAAAUUUAUCAUGACGAGUCCCUGGGGGUUCACAUCAACAUCGUGCUGGUCAGGAUUAUCAUGGUGGGAUACCGCCAGUCAGUCAGCCUGAUAGAGCGAGGGAACCCGUCUCGGAGCUUGGAGCAGGUCUGCCGCUGGGCUCACUCGCAGCAGCGCUCCGACCCGGAGCAUGCCGAGUACCAUGACCACGCUGUAUUCCUCACCAGGCAAGAUUUUGGUCCCGCAGGCUACGCACCGGUGACAGGGAUGUGCCACCCGCUCCGCAGCUGCACCCUCAACCAUGAAGAUGGCUUCUCCUCGGCGUUCGUCAUCGCCCACGAGACCGGCCAUGUGUUAGGCAUGGAGCACGACGGCCAGGGCAACCGCUGCGCUGACGAGACGAGCAUGGGGAGCAUCAUGGCACCCCUGGUCCAGGCUGCCUUCCACCGCUACCACUGGUCCCGCUGCAGCAAGCAGGAGCUCAACCGCUACAUUCACUCCUACGACUGCCUCCUGGAUGACCCCUUUGAGCACCAGUGGCCCACGUUACCCGAGCUGCCGGGCAUUAACUACUCCAUGGACGAGCAGUGCCGCUUUGACUUCGGCGUGGGCUACAAAACGUGCACGGCGUUCCGCACCUUCGACCCCUGCAAGCAGCUGUGGUGCAGCCACCCGGACAACCCCUACUUCUGCAAGACCAAGAAGGGGCCACCCUUGGAUGGGACCGAGUGCUCUCCAGGCAAGUGGUGCUUCAAGGGUCACUGCAUCUGGAAGACGUCGGAGCAGCCUUACAGCCAGGACGGUGGCUGGAGCUCCUGGUCCAAGUUCGGCUCAUGCUCCAGAACCUGUGGGGGAGGCGUGCGCUCUCGGAGCCGGAGCUGCGACAACCCGCUCCCGGCGUACGGUGGGCGCCACUGCCCGGGAGCCACCUACGAGUACCAAGUGUGCAACGCCGAGGAGUGCCCGGGGCCCUACCAGGAUUUCCGUGCCCAGCAGUGCUCCAAGCGCAACUCCUACUACACCCACCAGAACAGCAAGCAUGCCUGGCUUCCCUACGAGCAUCAUGACGAUGCUCAGAAGUGUGAGCUGAUUUGCCAGUCCGAGGGAACGGGGGACGUGGUGUUCAUGAAUCAGGUUGUUCACGACGGUACCAGGUGCAGCUACAGAGACCCCUACAGCAUCUGCGUCCGGGGCGAGUGUGUGCACGUCGGCUGUGACAAGGAGGUCGGCUCCCUGAAGCAGGAUGACAAGUGCGGGGUCUGUGGGGGGGACAACUCCCACUGCCGGACGGUGAAGGGUACACUGGCCAAGACGCCCAAGCAGCCAGGUGUUUUGAAGAUGUUUGAGAUUCCAGCUGGGGCGAGACACCUUCAGAUAGAAGAGAUGGAGCCGUCAUCCCACAGCAUUGCUGUUAAGAAUCAAGCCACAGGUAACUUCAUCCUUAAUGCCAAGGGCAAAGAAGCCAAAAGCCAAGUGUUCAUUGAGAUGGGGUUGGAGUGGGAAUACACCGUUGAACAUGGCAAAGAGAGCCUGAAAACCAGCGGCCCUCUGCACGAGGCCAUCAGUGUUUUGGUCAUCCCUCAGGAGGAGGAGACGAGGAGCAGCCUGAUGUACAGGUACAUCAUCCAUGAAGACCUGCUGCCCAUGAUCGGAAACAACAAUGUCCUGCUUGAGGAGAUGGAUUCUUACGAGUGGGCCCUCAAGAGCUGGUCUCAGUGCUCCAAGGCAUGCGGAGGAGGUAGCUUUCCCUUCAGCGACAACCGGAUGGUGCACAGGAACUUCUGUGACAACGGCAAGAAGCCAAAGCCAAUCCGACGGCGCUGUAACCUCCAGGAGUGCUCCCAGCCAGGCUGGGUGGCCGAGGAGUGGGGUGCAUGCAGCAAGUCCUGCGGCAAGCUGGGGGUGCAGGCGCGGGCGGUGCAGUGCGUGCAGCGCCUGCAGGACGGCACCAACCGCACCCUGCACACCAAGUACUGCCCCGGGCAGCGGCCUGAGACGCGCCGGCCCUGCAGCCGCCUGCCCUGCCCUGCACAGUGGAGGACGGGCGCCUGGUCGGAGUGCUCUGUGAGCUGCGGGGAAGGUGUCCAGCAGCGGCAGGUGGUUUGCAAAGGCAGUGAGAACGGCGGGCGCUGCGAGGGCUACAAGCCGGAGGCCGUCCAGGGCUGCCACGUGGCCCUCUGCCCGGGGAAACUCUCUGGCACCACCGCCAGCGCUGAUGCCAAUGACCCCAGCACGCCCAAAGGGCAGCAGGUGCCCCAGGACGGACCCAAAAACCCUGUUAGCAAGAUCUCCUCUAGGGAGCCUUGCCUCGGGGACAAGUCCAUCUUCUGCCAGAUGGAGGUCCUGGCCCGCUACUGCUCCAUCCCUGGCUACAACAAGCUCUGCUGUGAAUCCUGUGGCAAGAAAGCCUCUUCUGCCACCGGCUCACCCCCUGCCACCGCCCCCAGUGCUCCCCCGGGAACCGCUGCUCCCAGCCCUGCUCCGCUGCUCUCCCCCCGCCCCACCGCCCCUGGCCGGGGGGGACCCGGGUGCAGGAUCAUGUCAGGAUCACUGGAGCGGCCAUCCCUGCUGCAGGGAUCUCCCAGGGAUCCACCUAGGACGAAACCCACCGGGCGGUUCAUCAUGCUGCAGGUCUGCAGUGACAAGUCCCCUGGCUGCAUGGUCCCCAAGGGCGUGAUGCUGCGUUAUGGGGUUGUGGGGCUGAGUCUGACCCUGCUGCUGCCCGUCUCCAUUACCUGCUUUCUCGCCUGCCUUGCCACCCCUUUCCACGUUGCAGUACCCUAA